CUUAUAUAAAACUAUUAUUGUGGGUUAGUAGAUUGUUAUCCUCAUUUUAAACUAAACAAAAUAUUUACAUUAUGUUUCAACAUGACAAAAAAUAAAGUGUUAGAUAGGUAAAAAAAAUAAAAAAAUAAAAAUAAAAUAAAAUAAAUUAAAAGAGAUUUUUGGACAGAUGCUACUGCAAUUUCAAGCAUAUUAUAAUAUUAUGAAUAUAAAAACAAUAAAGAAAUUCAGGAAAUAGAAUUCCUUUUUGAAGAUUGGGAUUUAGAAAGAUUAUCUGAUAUUCUUUUAUGGGAUAAAAAAAAUACUACAAAUAUUUACGGAGUUGGAAUAGAUGAUAGGCUUUGGUAUGCAAUAACUCUUAUUUAAAUCUAAACUCUAAAAGGCAAAUAGUAUAAUAAAGGAACAUUUUAGUAAUUAUCGAUUGAAAUAUUCGAUUGGGUAGAUUAAAUGUACUAAGAUAACAUUUGUGGGGGAGGAAUAUAUUGGGACGUUGAAAAAAGUUACAAAAACUCGAUAACAAAUUAAUUAUUUAUUGAUUUAGCUAUAAGACUAAGUCAAAUAGAUGAAAAAAAUAAAAAAAAUACAUGGAAAAAUCGUUAAAAAUAUCUCUAUGGAUAAUAAAUAAUUUACUUGAUGAAAAUUAUGUAUUUAUUGAUGGUAUUAAUGUAGUUAAUAAGACAUGCUCUUCUCAAGAAAAUACUAAAUGGACAUAUAAUUAAGGCGUUUAUAUAAAUGCAUUUAUAUCUUUAUCUUAGUAUUAUAAAAAUUAUUCGAAUUUAUUUAUUGAUAUAAUAAAAAAUAAUUUAUCAUACAUAACAAUUAAAAAUAAUACUGAUAAUCCAUUCUAAUUUAUUCCAAGUGAUUUACAAAAUUAUGUAAUUCUUUUAGAAAACAAUUGGGCUAAAUAUUCUGAAACACAUUCUGCAUUUAAAGGAAUUUACAUUAGGUACUUAUCUUAUGCAUAUAGAUAUUUUAAGUAAAUUAGUUAAGAUUAAUAGUAUGCUAAAAUUAUUGAAAAUUAUAUUAUAAAUAAUGCUAAUUACAUUCUUCCUAUUUAAAAAGAUUGGUCUUAUCCUUAUAAUUUUUAAAGAAAUAAUAAAGAAAAUGAUAAAAUAACAGCUGGUACUACUAUUUCAGCUUUUGAUUUAUAUGCUUUUAAUGAUAUUCUCAUUGAAAAAUGAUAA